UUCACCAAAAAGUAGAUCAUUCUAUUGCUGAUGUCAGUGAAGAAUUUCUCUUGCCAUGUGACUGUACAGAAGGUUACUGUUCAACCGCAGCUGCAGUUCAGGAAGCCACACGGAACAAACAGGAAAAUGUUGAGUGAAGUUUUUCUGAUUGCAGCUGUAGUACAAUGUACUCUCUGCGCACCGCUCAUCUCUACUCAAGAAGAAGGACUUUUUAAAUCGUGGCUAUCAGAGUUCAAAAAGGACUACAUCCUGGAGGAGUACAAUUAUCGCUUGCAGACCUUUGCUGAAAACAAGAGGAAAAUCGAUAAGCAUAAUGCUGGAAACCAUACAUUUAAAAUGGGUCUAAACCAGUUCUCGGACAUGACUUUUGAUGAAUUUAAGAAAAAAUAUCUUUGGACGGAACCUCAGAACUGUUCAGCUACAAAAGGAAAUUUUGUUGGCAGUGAUGGACCAUAUCCUGAUUCAGUUGACUGGAGGAAAAAAGGAAACUAUGUAACACCUGUCAAGAACCAGGGUGGGUGUGGAAGCUGCUGGACAUUUUCCACAACCGGAUGCUUGGAAUCGGCAGUUGCCAUUGCUUCAGGACGACUUGGAACAUUGUCAGAACAGCAGCUUGUAGACUGUGCUUCAGCCUUCAAUAACCAUGGUUGCCGAGGGGGCCUCCCAAGUCAGGCAUUUGAAUACAUCAGAUAUAACAAAGGACUUAUGUCAGAAGACAGUUACCCUUACACAGCACAGGAAGGAAAAUGUGUUUAUCAGCAAGACAAAGGUGUUGCAUUUGUGAAAGAUGUCAUCAACAUAACAAAAUAUGAUGAAGACGGCAUGGUGGCAGCUGUAGCAAAGUUUAAUCCAGUCAGUUUUGCAUUUCAAGUGACUUCUGAUUUUAUGUCGUACAAAGAUGGAAUAUAUUCUAGUACAACCUGUGGUAGCACUCCAGAUGAUGUCAAUCAUGCAGUCUUGGCAGUGGGGUAUGAUAUACAGAAUGGAACUCCAUAUUGGAUCGUUAAAAACUCUUGGGGCCCAUCAUGGGGAAUAAAUGGGUACUUUAACAUUGAACGUGGGAAAAACAUGUGUGGUGUUGCUGCCUGUGCUUCCUAUCCUAUUCCUCAGAUUUAAGCAGGCAAACAAUCACUAUCGAGGAAAAAUCCAAGUAUCCAAGUGAAAAAUCAUAAAUUCUGAACUUAUCAAAAUGAAAAUCACCAGUAAAUAUGUUUAUACUUGUGCUUUAUUUUUGUACAAUGAAAUAUACAUGGUGAAAUGUGAUUUCCUAAAGAAUCGCAAAUAUGAUGUAGAAAGAAAAGAUAUAUACAUAAAGCAUAAAUAAAUUUUUAAUUCACA